ACCGGCGACUGCCUGGCCACGUGCCGCCAGAGGGCAUGGGUCUGCCUUGGCUACCUUCUCCAAAUGCACGCCAAGAGCAUGAAGGUGCCGCAGGCAGGUGAGAUCCGGUGCCUUUGUGAGGAGCUGAACAGCCCGGACACCGAGACUUUGGUGAAGACCCGUACCAAAAUAACAAAGGUGCCAAAAAUCUUGAACACCCUUUACACCUACAUGCAGCAGAGCACCCACAGGCCCUUCCUGCUCCGUGCAGUGUUUCUCCUCACCCACUUUCACCAGGAGCCCGUAACCAGCAGUCUCCUCCAGAAGAGUCUGCUGAUGGACAGUGACACGGUGGAGCUGUGGAGGAGCCUGGGGAGAAGCAUCCUUGGGAUUCGGAUCCUGAGGUGCUUAGUGGAGAAACUAAACAGAGCAGGAAACCACCGCCUGGGGACGGACUCCUCCACUUGUGGGCGGCACAACCGUCAGACGGCUGUGGAGACUCUGACGAUCACCCGUGCCAUCUCCGAGGUGGUGCUUGCCCUGAGGAGCACGGAGGAGCUCAGGCAACUGCUACCCCACCUCCUUCCCAGCCUCCUCAGGUGGGCCAGAGAAAUGCUGGGUGGGGAGAGGCUGCUUUUGCUCAUGAGCACCUGGAGAGAACUGUUCCUCGAGUGCCAAAUGCACGUGGAGAAGCCGUGCGGGGUUUUCCUUUCAGCUCUAGAGUUGGUGCUGGGCAAAUGCAUGGCGCAGAAAGGGACGCAGCUGCUCGUGAAUCGGGGAGUGUGGGCUCGCCUGGAAGACCCCCUGGCUCACCCUGAGGGGGUGCGUCUCCUGAGCAGGUAA